GUUUAUGAGGUUUGAAUUGGAUGCACCCCCAAAUGAUAAUCACUUUAUAUAUAUGUGUGUGUGUGUGUAUUCCUAUGUGUGAGCAUUGUAAGCUAGUCUUUACUUAUGAUUCGUGGGGUAGAUAAAAUGCAGAGGUUUUGGUGUGUGGUUGUGGCUGUGGCGGUGGUGGUGACGGAGGCGGAGGCAAAGGCAUUCGAUCAAGUGUAUGAUAAAGAUUUGCAUAUAUGGCCUAUGCCAAAGUCAGCGACGUAUGGAGAAUUAGACCAGAAAGCUUACAUAAGCAAUGAUUUUGAAUUGAGAAGAGGUGGAGGGAGCAAGUACAGUGACAAAGAUGGGAUUCUGAGACAUGGUUUCACUCGGUUUCUUGAUGUUGUGAGGAUGGGUCAUGCGGUUGACUCUAGCUUUACUGCUCCUACUGAUUCCCACUUGCUCAAGGGGAUUAACUUCGUCAUCUCCUCUCCGAAUGAUGAGUUACAAUAUGGAGUUGACGAGUCAUACAAGCUAUCAAUCCCUGCUCCAGGGGGAGAACCUUAUGCACAACUUGAGGCUCAGACAGUCUAUGGGGCUCUACAUGGACUUCAGACAUUCAGCCAGAUAUGCCAGUUUGACUUUGUGACCCGAGUAAUUGAAAUUCGUAAGGUCCCAUGGAGUAUUAUGGAUCAGCCAAGAUUCUCUUACAGGGGUCUAUUGAUUGAUACAGGCCGACACUAUCUUCACCUGGUAACGAUUAAGAAAAUAAUUGAUUCAAUGGCAUAUGCAAAAAUGAAUGUUCUGCACUGGCACACUGUAGAUUCACAAUCUUUUCCAUUGGAGACAACUUCAUAUCCAGCACUUUGGAAGGGUGCAUAUUCGAAAUUAGAGCGAUAUACCAUGGCUGAUGCUGCUGAAAUUGUGAGUUAUGCUCAGAGAAGAGGAAUUAAUGUGAUGGCUGAAAUUGAUCUUCCAGGACAUUCCCGUUCAUGGGGCACUGGCUAUCCUGAUCUAUGGCCAUCAGAGAACUGUCCAGAGCCACUUGAUAUCAGCAAGGAGCAUACUUUUGAAUUGAUAAAUGGCACUAUUUCUGAUUUCAGUAAGGUCUUUAAAUUCAAAUUUCUUCACUUGGGAGGUGAUGAAGUUGAUACAAGUUGCUGGACGAACACUCCCCAUGUAAGAAAAUGGUUAGAAGAGAAGGGUAUGAAUGAACUCCAAGCUUAUCAGCAUUUUGUCUUGCGAGUACAGAACAUUGCUCUUUCCCAUGGAUAUGAAGUGGUGAACUGGCAAGAGACAUUCAACAAAUUUGGCGACAAAUUGAACAAGAAGACUGUGGUGCACAACUGGCUUGAAGGUGUUGCUGCACAGCGUGUGGUUGCAGCUGGGUUACGGUGCAUAGUAAGCAAUAUGGAUGCGUGGUAUCUGGACUUUGUAAAAACGCCAUGGCAGAAUUUCUAUGCAAACGAGCCACUCAACAACAUCAAAGACCCCAAGCUACAAAAAUUAGUACUUGGGGGUGAGGUAUGUAUGUGGGGUGAACGUGUUGAUGGGUCAGAUAUUGAACAGACUGUAUGGCCACGGGCAGCAGCAGCUUCAGAGCGGCUAUGGACACCUUUAGAAAAGCUGGCUAAAGAUCCAAACCAAGUUACUGAAAGAUUGGAAUACUUCAGGUUUCUGCUGAAUCAAAGAGGGGUCGCGGCAGCUCCAUUAGACGGACUAGGUCGAGCUGUGCCUGAAAAGCCAGGUUCUUGCUUUGUACAAUAACUAAUUGAUGUACAUCUUAAACUUUUAAUAUUCCAAAUAAACAUGAAUAUCUGUUUUCUUUCUCUGUAAUUCAAUUUUGUUGGGAAAUCAUUGUUUUUGGUUGGCGAUGA